CACUAAGAGAGGGCGGGUACACGCGCUGCUGAGGAGUACCGCUCCGUCUCAAGUGGAAAUUGGAAAUCUUCAUCUCCUCACCCUCGUCUUGCUGCUAAUCUGCUCGACGGCCAUUCUUGUUUGUUAACCAGACAGACAUCAAGACGAAGAUGGCGGACAGCAAAGUGGAGAGCGGCGGGGAGCUGAGCGCCAAGGAGCUGAAGGAGAAGAAAACGGUGGAGGAGAAGAACGGCGACGAAACCACCGCCAAUGGAAAAACUGAUGAGGAGAACGGGGAGCAGGACAAUGAGGCGGAGGACGACGACGACGAUGUGGGGGACGAGGAAGAGGAGGAUGGAGAGGAUGAGGAAGAGGAUGACGAAGACGACGACCUGGUCACACCCACGGGGAAAAGAACAGCCGAGGAUGACGCCGAUGACGAUGAAGAUGACGAGGACGAAGUGGAGCGGAAGAAGCAGAAGACGGAUAAGUAGACAGCAACCGACAUGACGUCCUAACCUCAGUCCUCCCUUCUUAACGUCCAAAAGAGAAUUUGUUUGUAUUUUUUUUAUUUACAUUUUAUAUUUUUGUAUAUAUUGUAUGGAGGUCGGCCAUCUUAAUGAGUACCAAGCGGUGCUUCGAAUUCAUUUUAACACCCCGAAAGUGUCAGCGUACACGAGCAUCUUGGCGCAAGUCCGUGUCAUACACACAACACACACACGCGCGCAAACACACACCCAGCGAGCGCAAAAUACACUCAAACCUGCACCCAUGCAGGGCAACGGAUGCGUUUAGGUACACCGCGGUGACGCGGCACUUUGCCGCAUCUGUUUUUCGUGCUAGUUUGUAAUAGACAAGCGGGAUGUAGCGUGAUGUCUAAUCAGAAUGUUUUCAUGUCCGUGUUGAGUCGUUGGAAAAUAAAGUAAUUGGAUUUUG